UUAACCUUUGCAAGUAGCACGUUGUUUUGUUUUGUUCUGUUUAUUGACUGUGAAUUGUUUUCUUUAUCUGUCAUCUAUAACAAUAAAUUUCUAUGAACUUGUUUUAGAAAAAUGAAGACUAAAUUCAUUAUAAUAAUUUUCUUGAAGAUUGUUAUAUGUGGACUUAUAGAUAAAAGAUAUUCUGAAAGAAUGCAGUCUGAAAAUAAUUUAUUUAGAAAGGAGGAAACCCCCUAUUUGAGGCACAGGGAACAAAAGAAAUCAAAGGACAUCAGUUCAAGGAAUUUUGAUCAAUUAUUCGAUCUGAAUUUACAAUAUUGUCGAAGACCAGCAAAAUGCCAAGAUUUGAACUACACUACCUGCAUGGGAGCCAAACUGCCAUAUCACAGUACAACUUUGGAGUUAACGGAUUUGAAAACUCAAGAACAAGUUCAAGAAAAAUUACAGCUUUAUAAGUACUUACGCUACAUUCCCAAGUGCUGGGCUGUAAUACAGCCUUUCUUAUGUGCUUUGUACAUGCCUAAAUGUGAAAAUAAUGAAGUAGAUUUACCUUCGAGAGUAAUGUGUAAAAUCACACUUGAACCGUGUAAGAUUUUAUACAAUAGUUCACUAUUUCCUGAGUUUUUAAACUGUGAGGAUGACCGUCUUUUUCCAAAUAAGUGCAAAAAUGAUAUUCAUGAGGUAAAGUUCAACACUACUGGCUUCUGUAUGGAUCCUUUGGUGAAAACCGAUAAACCAGAAUGGUGGUACCCAGAUGUAGAAGGCUGUGGUUUGAAAUGUAAAGACUCACUGUAUUUGGAAUAUGAGCAUUACCAAAUCAGCAAGUUCAUAGCAGUAUGUGCUUCAAUAUGCUUAUUUUUAAAUCUCGUUACCAUCAUGACUUUUAUCAUUGAUUGGAAAACCUCAAACAAGUAUCCAGCAUCUGCCAUAUUUUAUGUUAAUAUAUGUUUUUUCGUAUCUUAUGGAGGUUGGCUCAUCCAGUUUCUUGGAAGUGAAACUAGAGACGACAUAGUCUGCAAAAAGGAAGGAACUUUGAGAAAAUCUGAGCCAAGUGCUAAUGAAAACUUGUCAUGCCCUGUAGUCUUUGUGAUGGUAUAUUAUUUCAUGAUUGCUGGAAUGGUUUGGUUUGUUAUUUUCAGCUAUGCCUGGUAUAUGAGUUCCCUUCAAGCACUAGGAAAAAUUCAGGAUAGAGUGGAUAGAAAACAAGCAUAUUUCCAUUUGGCUGCAUGGAGUCUGCCUUUAAUUUUGACUAUUAUCACCAUGGCUAUAAGCGAAAUUGAUGGGGAUUAUGUUACAGGCAUAUGCUUUGUAGGUUUUGAGAACAUGGCUGCUCGUACAGGGUUAUUGUUAGUUCCAGUUAUGGCUACGAUGUUGGCAUCUGGAUAUAUAAUUGUGAGAGGUCUCAUACUUCUCAUAAAAGUAAAAAUAGAAAGUAGGGAAAUUAUUUCAGACCAUGCAAGCAGAAAGAUUAGAAUGAAUAUUGUAAGGAUGGGUGUCUUUACAUUAUUCAUGAUAAUGUUUUGCAUAAUCACAUUUGGAUAUCAUCAUUACACUUUUCAAAAUACUAAACUAUGGAGAGAUAGUUUACAAAAUUACAUUUUAUGCAAAUUGACAAGUUUCAGUUCUGAUUACACACACUGCAAGCAAGCAGAUCGCCCAAGUGUCUCUAAGCUACAGCUACAAUUGUUAGCUGUCUUUGGCAGCGGUGUUGCAAUGGCAUCUUGGGUUUGGUGUGGAGCUAUGCUACAUGCUUGGGGAAGAUAUAUCAGGAGAAAAUUUCAUUGUGAGGUAGAAGAACCUAUGAAGCUCAAGAAGCACAAGAUAAUCGCCAAAGCUUUUGCGCAGCGUAAAAAAUUUAAAGAAGGUGGUGAGAUAUCCAUUUAUGAAAACCACACCGAUCCUGUGGGACUUGAUUUCGAGUUGAACAGUGCUGCUAGUAAUGAUUUCAUUAUGACUUGGGCUGCCAAUCUACCUCGUCUAGUGAAUCGUAGAGGAGCAGUGCCAAAUGAGGUGGUUUGUUCUGUGUCAAGCAAUAAUUAUUCAGUAGACAGCGAAGUGAGUGUCAGUCUGAGACAUGUUAGCAUUGAGAGUAGACGAAACUCGGGAGACAGCCAAGUGUCAGUGCAAAUUGCGGAACUGAAGGCUACUAGAAAGAUCAACUCAAGAAGACAUAAAUCAAGUAAGCGCAAAGCUACUAGACAAUUUAGAAGUCACUCCAGAAAUCUGAGCCAUACUUCAAGACGUUUAUCGAGGUCUGGAGGAAAACAAGGAAGCAGCACUAGUUUAGAUUCACGUUUGCAGUUUAUAAAUGCUCUUACAAAUAGAGGGGAUGUCAAGAGUUUUCAACCAAAUCUAAAUCGGCGAACUGGUAAUGCAGGCUUAGAUGGUCAACACAUUAACCAGUUUCUGUCUGGAAAGCUGGUGAUACCAUAUAACAAUAAUCUUGUCAAGAGUGAAAGUGAAGAUGAGAAUGUUUCUCUAAAUAUUACUGGUAGCACUUUCAACAUGAAACUCAGCAGCCAUACAAAUAACUUGGAUCUAAAUGACGAAUUAGUGAUGAAGUCACUAUGCCAAGGUAUCCAAAUAGAAGAAUUAAGCUCUUCCAGCGAUACCGAGGGAUCUGCCACAAUAAAAAAAGACUAUGGGCAGGAAAAACGUUCCAGAUCGGGUCAGGAAUCCCGUUCUAGUAGGAAAUCAAGAAUAAUGAAAUUAUCUCGCAAAAAAUAUAGCAGUAAUUCAGACAGCUGUAAUAUAAAAAGUGACAGCUCGUCAUGUCCUGAAAUUAAUCAACUCGUGCAGAGUUCUUUAAACUCCGCAAAUUCUGUUGGUUAUGAAAAAAAUCGAGGGUCUAGACAAUCAAAGACGUCGAAUGAUGUGGCAGUACAGGCUAACGCUCAGGAUAUAGUUAGUCAAACGGCAGCUUAUGAUCUGGAAUUGAAAAAUUUGAAAAAGUCUGAAGAUGAGAAACACAAAAGCAAAAAAGUUAAAACUAGGGAAAACAUUAGGUAUCGUAGAGCAAGUAAAUCCUAUGAAACUGAUGGUAGUAGGAAGUUUAAAAAACUGAAGGAUAGGUAUAAGAGUUAUGGCAGCUCGGAGGAGAGAAAGUCAUUGAAUAGAGAUUCCGAGGAAGAUUGUAAUAUUAACGUAUAGAGAAGUACUGUGGGUUGACCACAUUACAUUUGAAACAUAUUGGAACAUCUGAAUAGAUGACUUGGCAUUAAGACUGAAAACACAGACACAUGUUUGAACACUGAUUAUAGAUUUGAAACUUAUGUGAUACUUGAAGCCCGUUAUCGAGUUGUGGUUAUUGAAGUUCUGAAAGUAAGUAAGUUGAAUGUUCUUUUGUGCAUUUAUGAACAAAUAGAAAUGAUCUGUGAUAAAAAUAUUCCAUAUUUUUUCUAUAUUUCUAUUGAUUCGAAGAUUGAAAUGUGCUUCUGUCAUCAUAAUCAUAGCAGCUAUAUAUUAGUUACAUACACUUCUCAUCUCAGAGAUGAAAUACCUCAUACAUAAUAAUUAGGGCUGAUAGGCCAUGGUCAAAUUGAACUUGUAAUAUAUAUCAAACAUUGUAUCUUCUACGCAGCAGAUAUCAUUAGUGGGAUGGGAUCCCACUGGUCAGAAACAACCUAACAGAAGUGCGGACCAAUCAAAACAACAUGGCAACAAGACAUGGUAUUCAGUACUCAAAAAGGUCAGAAAUGGGAUAUAUUUCAAUUCCUAUAGACAUUUCACCAGCAGUAUACCUAUCAACAGUGUAGACCAAUCAGAACAAACCAAUAUAAAUGGGGAUUUUUCAGAACGACCUGGCUAAAUUGCGAUCUAAUCAAGAGUGAGCAUUCGCAUGGAUAUCCCACCACUAUCAUCACGACCGCAACCCCCACCACGCUCUAAAACUAUGAAUAGGUGUGAACAUGUUGCUCGUCAGUCAGUCAUUGUUGAGACUUCGAGAUAUAACUUUUAUCCUUGCAAUCGACACAUUUACCACUGAUGAAAUCUGCCGCAGUAGCAGACAAACAGUUUAGUACUACAAUUUCCAUUCGACCACAGCCUACAAGUUCUGAUUUUGUUCUCUCUAAUCGUGACUCCUGCCGUGAAAGCCUUUGUUCUUAUGCUAUACAUAAUAGUCUGUUUGAAUCAACAGACAGUUACAAACCUUAAUUAUCUAAUCAAAAGUUUUGCUGUAAGAAUAUUGAUUCUCACUUGACCUUCUGUAGCUUUAAAAUAUUUGGGAGUGAUUCUUACUCUCUCAGAGAUAACAAUAAUGAAGCCCCAAUUACCUUAAAAGAGUGUUUCUUCAAAAAAGUUCCCUUUUGGAUAGUUACAUCUUUUUCUGUAACUCAUCCUAAGCUGCUUUUGUCACCAAAAAUCAUACAAUAUUGGUGUUUCUAUAACGAGGUUCAAAUGUUUUUUUUACCUAGGGUUUGCUGGUGAAUAGUGAGUUUUCAUGAACAUUUAUCUAUUUUUUUAUGCUCCUCUCAUUAUUUCAAGGUUAUCGUUAUAUUUCAUAUUCAUUCCAAUUCACCAAAUAUGUCAAGAAUUGAAAGGACGAAUGUGUAAUAAUUUGAGCAGGAUGACAAAACCAAAUCAGGUACUAACAGUCUGAACAAUAUUCUACCAUGUAUUUUGAACAAAUCGUGAUUUGCAUAGCUACUGCCACGAGUGGAAAUGAAAACCAGAUUCUCUUGUUCGAACUGUUUUUAUAUAAGGCACAGCCAUCGAAGUAUGUUUUGUAAAAAAAAGUAGACUGGUUCACUAGAUCAAGCAUAAAAGCUUGUAGUAUUUGCAAACCAGGCAAGGGCUGUCAAUUCCAUUUGGCGGCUAAAUAUAAUGAAUGCUGCCCACAUAAGUUAUUUUCUGUAAUGUGGUUUUGACUGCUUGAAUUUGUACCAGUGAGUUUCAAAAUUCUACCAUUGUCAACAUUGAUAUACGUAUCGUAAGAAAUACCAUCUAGGUUGCAGCACACCUCAAUAUAGAAUAUGAACAUUGACCUGUCAUUUUAUGAUAUUACAUAUAGAUGCAACUAAUUUAAUGUUGUAUUGUACUUAAAAUAGUUAAUAGUACAUACGAAGUCAAUUCGCAUGGCAUAAAAACCAUAUAGUUACGGAACGUUUGGAGUUUCUUUGUAUAUGGGCGGCGUGGUAUAAUUUUGUUUUGUCAGAAUUAAUUUUAUUUUUCAUGAACCUACACGGAUUUUUUUUAUUAGUAGUAAAUAGUAAUGCCAUCGGUCUUUUAUUUAACUGUUUGGAUGGACUUCGUAUAGACCAGUGAUCUCCAAACUUUGAAGCCUUCGGACCAUAAUGAUUUUUUCAGUUUGUUCCAAGGGCCAAUUUCUGCCCUUGCUUAAA